GUAUGAGCACCACCACAUCAAGGCGCUUUGUUUCAUUCCAGCUCUAGAAAAACCUCCACCCGUUGCCUUCCUCGCUUUCUUUAUAUUCAUCAUUUUCAGCCCUGUUUGUUUCUCGAGAGUUGAUAAGAUUAAGGAUAAGGUAAGAAAAACCCAAAGCGGUUGAUGUUGUAGCUCUGGAUUGAAUUUUGAUGCCAACGAGAGCGGUAUCUGAUAUAACGGGAGGUUCCUUCUCCGGAAAUUGUGGUUUCAGAGAUGGAGAACGAUACUGGAGAUGCUGAGCCGGCGAACGAAGAUAUUCAGCCGGAGAUAACUUUGUUCGGAAAGUACGCGGUUGGAAAGUUGCUCGGCUAUGGAGCCUUCGCGAAGGUCUACCACGCAAGGAACAUCCGAACGGGCCAAAGCGUGGCGAUCAAGGCUGUGAGCAAGAAAAAGGUGAUGAAAGGAGGAUUGACGGGCCACGUGAAGCGGGAGAUUUCUAUCAUGCGCCGGCUACGGCAUCCUCACAUCGUUAAGCUGUACGAGGUCUUGGCGACGAAAACGAAGAUCUACUUCGUGAUGGAGUACGCCAAAGGUGGUGAGCUCUUUACAAAAAUAGCCAAGGGGCGGUUCAGCGAAGACCUCAGUCGCCGGUAUUUUCAGCAGCUGAUCUCCGCCAUUGGAUAUUGCCACUCCCGAGGCGUUUUCCACCGCGAUUUGAAGCCGGAGAACCUUCUUCUCGACGAGAAUUGGAACCUUAAAGUCUCCGAUUUCGGUCUCAGCGCCGUGAAGGAUCAGAUCCGGGCCGAUGGUCUCCUACACACUCUCUGCGGUACCCCGGCGUAUGUGGCGCCGGAGAUUCUAGCGAAGAAAGGUUACGAUGGUACCAAGGUGGAUAUCUGGACUUGCGGCAUCAUUCUCUAUGUAUUGAACGCCGGUUAUCUUCCGUUCAACGAUCCAAACCUCAUGGGAAUGUACCGGAAGAUCUAUAAAGGCGAGUUUCGGUGUCCGAAAUGGACUUCUCCUGAUAUGCGACGCCUUCUAUCACGCCUUCUCGAUACGAAUCCAGAGACGAGAAUCACUGUCGAUGAGAUCAUCCGUGACCCUUGGUUCCAAAAGGGUUACAAGGAAAUCAAAUUCCACGUGGAAGAUUUUGAUUUCAAGGAUCACGACGACGACGACGACAACGCCGAGUACAUGAACGCGUUCCACAUUAUCUCAUUCUCGUCCGGUUUCGAAUUCUCCUGUAUGUUGAACGAUUCCGGCAUUUCGGUGGCCGGUGAAAGAUUCGUAUCGGCCGAGUCACCGGAGAAAAUAAUAGAAAAGGUCGAGGACGUGGCAAAAAAGGAGAACGUAACAGUGACGAGAAAGGAAAAUUGGGGAGUGAUGUUGGAGGGACAAAACGGUAAUUUCGCCUUGAUAAUGGAGAUAUAUCGGUUGACGGAGAAGCUGGUCCUGGUAGAGGUGAGGAAGAAAGAGGUGGACGCUGGACUAGGACCUGGCAAAGAAAUCUGGCGAGACACACUCCGGCCGCAGCUCAGCGAACUGAUUUAUCAACCGGAGGAGCCGAGCACCGAGAGCUGAAAGGCUGCCCUCCAGCCAGGUUGAAGAUUCAGGAAUCAAAAGCAGUCCCCUGUCGCAGGUUCCUGGAACUGUAUUUUCUAUUCUUCAAUAUUUUAGUUGAAUAAUGGAGAGCGAGAAAAAAAACCUCCCCCGUCAUUCUUCCUUUUUUUUCUCCGGAAUUUGAUUUUUUUUCAUAUAGAUUUUUGUUCUUUAUUAUGUUUUUCAAACAUGGUUAAAAUGGAGCUACAUGUGAUAUUCUGUAAAGUAGAAACCCAAUUGUAGAUACUAUAUAUACAAGCUAUUUUUAUUUUAGUUC